GCCCUGCGUCACUCCAGUGUGGACUGCUCCGACUGUGGAUGCUGCAGAAAUCCCUCUGUCUCGCCGGCCGCUUGUUUGUUCGCUCACUCCUUCACUCUCCUCUCUCGCUCUCUCUCUGGUCCUGCGACUCAUCCCUUCCAGCUGUGACUGACUGAGAGAAGGCAGUUUGAGGCAGAGGCUGCAGUUCCAGUCCUGCCAGGACAGGGAAACUGCCAGAGCUCAUCAGCAGCCAGGGCAGGGCCGCUGUGCUGCCGACUGCCAGUCCCAGGACAGGACCCCCUCUCCCUCCCAGGACCCCGGUUGACCGAAGAUAUGUGCGACUGUUUCAACCUGGGCUUCCCCAACUGGCAUGGCUCGCUGGGCACAGGGUCCGGACGAAGGCUGAAGGGACCAGAGCCUGACACGGUGGAUGAUUCAAUAUGUGAAGAGCCAUCUGAGUUUAUAGAGGGGGAGAGACCUCGCCCUCAAGGAUCCUCCCCUGUAGAUGAAUACCCUGAGACUGACAAAUACAAGGACAGUGAUAAACAGGGUGGAGGUGGGAGUGGCAAAAAAGGAAAGAGAGGUUUUGGGUCCCUGUUUGAAAAGCGCUCCCCUGCCAAGAUGAGUCAACUGGAGAGCCCAGAGUCAGGAGUGAUUGUGAAAAUGGCAAAAGAGACAUGUGCCGAGGGCCUUGUUGUAAGUGGAGGGAAGGAGGGAAUCUUCAUCAAGGAAGUGAGGCCAGAGUCACCAGCUUCAAAGCUUCUUAGUGUACAUGAGGGUGAUCAGAUACUCAGUGCCACUGUGUAUUUUGACGAUGUUACAUAUGAAGAUGCUCUACAGAUAUUGGAACAUGCCCAGCCUUACAAGAUGGAGUUACUUCUGAAACGCAAACCAAUGAAGACAUCCACCCUUGAGAGUGAACCAGCCCUUGAAAUCAUCCAAGUGGAAGAAGGUUCCUCUCCGGAAAUGAGGGGACAUUCAAAGACAAAAAAGCAUGGUGACCGAAUCUCUUGGCCCAAGUUCCCCUCCUUCAGCAAAAGUCAAAAGUCCCAUUUUAAGAGGUCUCACAGUACUUCAGAGGCAGAUGAUAAGAGGAAGCUGGAGCUUAGCCCUACAACAAGUGACACAGAGUCGCCAAUAAAAUCUCAGGAGGCUGUUAUGGGAAAGACAAAGAAGCAUAAGAUAAAGAUAUCAAGCAUGAAGAUGAAGGGCCGCAAGAGCAUGUCUGUUGAGCAGCCGGACCAGAACAUACACAUACUAACUGUAGAACGUGUAGAGGGUAUGGAAAACCAACAGAGUCAAGAUGACAUACACUCACCGGAUGGUCUAGAGAGUGCAUCAGUAGAUACAUCUCAAGUAUAUGUAUUAGAAUCAGAAUCUGAAAAAAUUGAAUCCACCAAGAUAAGAAAUGAAUGCAUUCUUCCAAACCUGGCAGGCUCUGAAACUAAACAACACAAGGUAGAACUCAUUAGUCUGGACAAAACUUUGAAAACCACAGACAUAACAGUUGCUCUUGCUGAUCAAGAAAGUCCCUCAACCAAGAAAUCUCCAGAGGGAAAGAAAAAGAAGAAAGAGAAUAAAGAGAGGUCAGAACUAAAGUUUACAUUCAAGGGAAAUGAGAAGAAAGACAAACACAAGCAAAACAUACCAGUAAAAUUAUCACUAAAAAGCCUGAAGACACCAAGAGCAGAUAUGAUAACAUCUGAUCUGUCUGCACAUGACAAUACAUUGCUGAGCCCAACAGUAGUAUCACAUACGGAGCUGGAGGAGUGUCAACUCCCAAUUGAGAUCAACACUCAAGUAAUCAUUAAUGAGAGUUCAGGGAAAACCCUACCCUCCACUGAUAUGGAAAUGAGCAUGCCAAAAGUAGACAUCUGCCUUGACAUGUCAGAUAUAGGACUUAUCAGGAAAUCCCCUCAGAUUAGACAAGAACAACACUUGAAAGAAACAUAUGUUAAAACUGAUGUGAAUGCACAGGAAAUUAGCAUACAUGCUAAGCUCAUCAGUAUUACAUUGGAACCUGACUCGCAGAUGGAAAUACAAGCUUCAAAGUUACCUACAGAGAGAAGCAUUGAUGAUGUUUUAGCACAAAUUGGUACAAGAUCUGCUCCCAAAUUUAAACUGCAGAGGGUGGAUCCUGCUGACUUUGUUACUGACAAACCCAUAAAAAUGACAGACGUGAAGAUUGUAGAAAUGGACGUGAAAGGACUUACAGUUGAGGAUAAGGGUUUAAAGAUACUUCCAAGCCGUGAGGAUAUUGAGAUCCCAGGCAUAGAAUAUGCAUCAUUAACUAGCAUCAAGGCCCCAGUGAUAAAACAGCCUAAAACAGCAUUCACUCUUCCUGUUGAAGAAAUCCAGGCGCAGACUGUACAGAUGGUUAUAGACGUUGAUAGAGUUAAAGACGCUGUCUCCAAAUUGCCAGGGUUCAAGCUGCCGAAGGGUGACAUUGCAGGCCUGCCUGGUCAUCAACAAAUCACAAUGACAGACGUGAAUACAGAAAGAGUAGAUGCCACCCUAUCUAAAAUCACAGACAUAAAGGCACAGUUGGACACGUAUGUCAAAAAGAGUGACAUAAAUGCUUUACCAGAAAAGUUGAGCAGGAGCUCAGUUACCACAUUCAAAUUGCCAAAGACCCAACUUUUUGAUCUAGGUGCUCAUGAACCUAUUACUAUGACAGAAAUAGACGAUACAAAAACAAAACAGGAAGCUGGAAAGACCAAUGAAGAUGAAAUCCAAAUUGAACUCCAUAAACGGGAGAACGUAGAGAAAGCUGGAAUGGAAACUAUACAACAAAGAAGAACUCCCAACAAAGUGGAAAAGGAAAAAGAGACUGGUAAAAUUCUGGAGCCUAAGUUGGCAGUACCAGUACCUGAGGGGCCAACCAUCACAUCUGAGGAGAGAAAUCGUAUACCUGCCACUUACACUAAAGGAUUAGAUAAGAAGUCAAAGAAAGCAAAUAUUUCAAUGCCUAGGUUUGGAAUAACACAAACGGAUAUUAGAUUCCCAGACAUUGGGAUUGGACUACCAAAAAGAGACACCUCGGUGGAAAAGAAGGAUGAGGUCAAAGAUGAAAGCAAUGCAUUGCACCUUGAAAUGAAAAUGUCAGAGGCUGAAAUUAAACUCAACAAAGUACCAGAUUCGGAAUAUUCCACUAUCAAAACUCAUGUGACAGACCAUCAAACACCUACAAUACGAACUUUAUGCUCAGAAACAAUGCCAGAGGUACCUUCAUCUGACAUUAAAGGAGCAGUUAUGGGCAUUGAUGUCCAAUCUGUUGAUGUCGGGAGAGCAGACAUCCAAAUACCGGAUGUUGAAGUCGAAGUACCCUCCGUUGAAGUUGAAAUACCAAAAAAAGUUUAUAAAGAUAUUGAUGUGAAAAUUAAUAAACGACAGAUAUCAUUCCCCAAAAUUGGAGUUAAAGCCCCAGAGGAUGAUGUUAGUGUGCUAAAACCAGACAUCUCUCUUUCCGAGGGAAACAUGGAGGUCAAAUUGCCUGAGGUGGAAAUUGAAGUUCCAGAGCUUCAAGUCGAAGUGAAAGAUACUGUAGGGUCCCCCUCAAGAUUUAAAAUCCCAACUUUAAAAUUCCCUAAAUUUGGAACAGUUGCUCCAAUCGUCACAGUAGAGUUACCUGAUGUGGACAAGGAUAUCAAACUUCAUGGAACUGAAAGACCAGAACCCAAGCUGUCAAUAUCAGGAAAAGUUCAUGCAGUUGACUUUGAGAAACAGAGUUACUUUAAAAAAUCUAGUGUUAAGAUCGCAUCUAUAGAUGUGGAUGUGAAGACUAAAGGACUUGAACUGGAGGGACAAGGAAGUGAGUUUAAACUGCCAAAUCAGGGAAUUUCAUUACCAAAAGUAAAAGGUCCUGAGAUCGAUUUAGGUGUAUCGAAGAAAGACAUAGAUGUCACUUUACCAGAGACCAACGUGGAGAUCCAACCACCUGAUGUUGAACUCAAAGUGUCUUCUGGUGAUGUUGAAAUGCCAGAGGGAGCUGCUACAGAGAUUGAUGUGAAAAUGAAGAAGCCCCGGAUGUCAUUUGGAUGGUUUUCAAAACCAGAAGUGAAAGCACCGGAGGUUGAUGUCAGUCUUCCAAAGGUGGGCAUUUCGAUUCCAGAAGGAAAGGUGGACUUCAAAGAGCCAGAGGUGGAAUUUAAAGCUCCAGAGAGUCAAGUUGAAGUGAAACAUGAUAUUGAGCUUCAGGGACAAGGAAGUAAGUUCAAACUACCUAAAUUUGGAAUCUCAUUGCCGAAGGUUAAAAGUUCUGAAAUUGACUUAAGUGUGUCAAAAACAGAUGUAGAUGUCAACUUACCAGAGAGAAGAGCAGACAUCCAACUACCUGAUGUUGAAGUCGGAGUGCCCUCUGUUAAAGUUGAAAUACCAGAAGCAGUUUCUAAAGAUAUUGAUGUGAAAAUAAAAAAGCCCCGAAUGUCAUUCCCCAAAUUUGGAUUUUCAAAACCAGAAGUGAAAGCACCUGAGGUUGAUGUCAGUCUUCCAGAGGUGGAUAUUUCUCUUCCAGAGGGGAAGGUGGAGAUCAAAGAGCCUGAGGUGGAAAUUGAAGCUCCAGAGAUUCAAGCUGAGGUGAAGGAUACUGUAGGCUCCCCCUCAAGAUUCAAAAUGCCAACUUUAAAAUUCCCUCAAUUUGGAGCAGCUGCUCCAAACAUCACAGUAGAGGUACCUGAUGUGGACAAGGACAUCAAGGUUCAUGAAUCUGAAAUUCCAGAAACCAAGCUGACAAUGUCAGCCAUUAACAUUGAAAAGCCAAGUGUUGACCUUAAAGGCCCAUCUAUAGAUCUGGAUGUGAAGAGCAAAAGACUUGACAUUGUCACUUUACCAGAGGCCAGCGUGGAGGUCCAACCACAUAGCACUGAACUCAAAGUGCCUUCUGGUAAAGAUGAAAUUCCUGAAGGAGUUGCUACAGAAAUGGAUGUAAAAAUGAAAAAGCCACGGAUGUCAUUUGGAUGGUUUUCAAAAUCAGAAGUGAAAGCAGCGGAGGUUGAUGUCAGUCUUCCAAAGGGGGAUAUUUCUCUUCCAGAGGUAAAGGUGGAGGUCAAAGAGUCAGAGGUGGAAAUUAAAGCUCCAGAAAAUCAAGUUGAAAUGAAACAUGGAAUUGAGCUUGAGGGACAAGGAAGUAAGUUCAAACUACCAAAAUUUGGAAUCUCAUUGCCGAAGGUUAAAGGUCCUGAAUUUGACUUAAGUAUCUCAAAGACAGAUGUAGAUGUCAACUUACUAGAGAGAAGAGCAGACCACCAACUACCUGAUGUUGAAGUCGGAGUGCCUUCUGUUGAAGUUGAAAUACCAGAAGCAGUUUCUAAAGAUAUUGAUGUGAAGAUGAAAAAGCCCCGAAUGUCAUUCCCCAAAUUUGGAUUUUCAAAACCAGAAGUGAAAGCACCUGAUGUUGAUGUCAGUCUUCCAGAGGUGGAUAUUUCUCUUCCAGAGGGGAAGGUGGAGAUCAAAGAGCCUGAGGUGGAAAUUGAAGCUCCAGAGAUUCAAGCUGAGGUGAAAGAUACUGUAGGCUCCCCCUCAAGAUUCAAAAUGCCAACUUUAAAAUUCCCUCAAUUUGGAACAGCUGCUCCAAACAUCACAGUAGAGGUACCUGAUGUGGACAAGGACAUCAAGGUUCAUGAAUCUGAAAUUCCAGAAACCAAGCUGACAAUGUCAGCCAUUAACAUUGAAAAGCCAAGUGUUGACCUUAAAGGCCCAUCUAUAGAUCUGGAUGUGAAGAGCAAAAGACUUGACAUUGUCACUUUACCAGAGGCCAGCGUGGAGGUCCAACCACAUAGCACUGAACUCAAAGUGCCUUCUGGUAAAGAUGAAAUUCCUGAAGGAGUUGCUACAGAAAUGGAUGUAAAAAUGAAAAAGCCACGGAUGUCAUUUGGAUGGUUUUCAAAAUCAGAAGUGAAAGCAGCGGAGGUUGAUGUCAGUCUUCCAAAGGGGGAUAUUUCUCUUCCAGAGGUAAAGGUGGAGGUCAAAGAGUCAGAGGUGGAAAUUAAAGCUCCAGAAAAUCAAGUUGAAAUGAAACAUGGAAUUGAGCUUGAGGGACAAGGAAGUAAGUUCAAACUACCAAAAUUUGGAAUCUCAUUGCCGAAGGUUAAAGGUCCUGAAUUUGACUUAAGUAUCUCAAAGACAGAUGUAGAUGUCAACUUACCAGAGAGAAGAGCAGACCACCAACUACCUGAUGUUGAAGUCGGAGUGCCUUCUGUUGAAGUUGAAAUACCAGAAGCAGUUUCUAAAGAUAUUGAUGUGAAAAUGAAAAAGCCCCGAAUGUCAUUCCCCAAAUUUGGAUUUUCAAAACCAGAAGUGAAAGCACCUGAGGUUGAUGUCAGUCUUCCAGAGGUGGAUAUUUCUCUUCCAGAGGGGAAGGUGGAGGUCAAAGAGCCUGAGGUGGAAAUUGAAGCUCCAGAGAUUCAAGCUGAGGUGAAAGAUACUGUAGGCUCCCCCUCAAGAUUCAAAAUGCCAACUUUAAAAUUCCCUCAAUUUGGAGCAGCUGCUCCAAACAUCACAGUAGAGGUACCUGAUGUGGACAAGGACAUCAAGGUUCAUGAAUCUGAAAUUCCAGAAACCAAGCUGACAAUGUCAGCCAUUAACAUUGAAAAGCCAAGUGUUGACCUUAAAGGCCCAUCUAUAGAUCUGGAUGUGAAGAGCAAAAGACUUGACAUUGUCACUUUACCAGAGGCCAGCGUGGAGGUCCAACCACAUAGCACUGAACUCAAAGUGCCUUCUGGUAAAGAUGAAAUUCCUGAAGGAGUUGCUACAGAAAUGGAUGUAAAAAUGAAAAAGCCACGGAUGUCAUUUGGAUGGUUUUCAAAAUCAGAAGUGAAAGCAGCGGAGGUUGAUGUCAGUCUUCCAAAGGGGGAUAUUUCUCUUCCAGAGGUAAAGGUGGAGGUCAAAGAGUCAGAGGUGGAAAUUAAAGCUCCAGAAAAUCAAGUUGAAAUGAAACAUGGAAUUGAGCUUGAGGGACAAGGAAGUAAGUUCAAACUACCAAAAUUUGGAAUCUCAUUGCCGAAGGUUAAAGGUCCUGAAUUUGACUUAAGUAUCUCAAAGACAGAUGUAGAUGUCAACUUACCAGAGAGAAGAGCAGACCACCAACUACCUGAUGUUGAAGUCGGAGUGCCUUCUGUUGAAGUUGAAAUACCAGAAGCAGUUUCUAAAGAUAUUGAUGUGAAAAUGAAAAAGCCCCGAAUGUCAUUCCCCAAAUUUGGAUUUUCAAAACCAGAAGUGAAAGCACCUGAGGUUGAUGUCAGUCUUCCAGAGGUGGAUAUUUCUCUUCCAGAGGGGAAGGUGGAGGUCAAAGAGCCUGAGGUGGAAAUUGAAGCUCCAGAGAUUCAAGCUGAGGUGAAAGAUACUGUAGGCUCCCCCUCAAGAUUCAAAAUGCCAACUUUAAAAUUCCCUCAAUUUGGAGCAGCUGCUCCAAACAUCACAGUAGAGGUACCUGAUGUGGACAAGGACAUCAAGGUUCAUGAAUCUGAAAUUCCAGAAACCAAGCUGACAAUGUCAGCCAUUAACAUUGAAAAGCCAAGUGUUGACCUUAAAGGCCCAUCUAUAGAUCUGGAUGUGAAGAGCAAAAGACUUGACAUUGUCACUUUACCAGAGGCCAGCGUGGAGGUCCAACCACAUAGCACUGAACUCAAAGUGCCUUCUGGUAAAGAUGAAAUUCCUGAAGGAGUUGCUACAGAAAUGGAUGUAAAAAUGAAAAAGCCACGGAUGUCAUUUGGAUGGUUUUCAAAAUCAGAAGUGAAAGCAGCGGAGGUUGAUGUCAGUCUUCCAAAGGGGGAUAUUUCUCUUCCAGAGGUAAAGGUGGAGGUCAAAGAGUCAGAGGUGGAAAUUAAAGCUCCAGAAAAUCAAGUUGAAAUGAAACAUGGAAUUGAGCUUGAGGGACAAGGAAGUAAGUUCAAACUACCAAAAUUUGGAAUCUCAUUGCCGAAGGUUAAAGGUCCUGAAUUUGACUUAAGUAUCUCAAAGACAGAUGUAGAUGUCAACUUACCAGAGAGAAGAGCAGACCACCAACUACCUGAUGUUGAAGUCGGAGUGCCCUCUGUUGAAGUUGAAAUACCAAAAGCAGUUUCUAAAGAUAUUGAUGUGAAAAUGAAAAAGCCCCGAAUGUCAUUCCCCAAAUUUGGAUUUUCAAAACCAGAAGUGAAAGCACCUGAGGUUGAUGUCAGUCUUCCAGAGGUGGAUAUUUCUUUUCCAGAGGAAAAGGUGGAGGUCAAAGAGCCUGAGGUAGAAAUUGAAGCUCCAGAGAUUCAAGCUGAGGUGAAAGAUACUGUAGGCUCCCCCUCAAGAUUCAAAAUGCCAACUUUUAAAUUCCCUCAAUUUGGAGCAGCUGCUCCAAACAUCACAGUAGAGGUACCUGAUGUGGACAAGGACAUCAAGGUUCAUGAAUCUGAAAUUCCAGAAACCAAGCUGACAAUGUCAGCCAUUAACAUUGAAAAGCCAAGUGUUGACCUUAAAGGCCCAUCUAUAGAUGUGGAUGUGAAGAGUAAAACACUUGAAAUUGUCACUUUACCAGAGGCCAGCGCGGAUGGCCAACCACCUAGAAUUGAACUCAAAGUGUCUUCUGGUGAAGUUGAAAUGCCUGAGGGAGCUGCUACAGAGAUUGAUGUGAAAAUGAAAAAGCCACGGAUGUCAUUUGGAUGGUUUUCAAAACCAGAAGUGAAAUCACCGGUGGUUAAUGUCAGUCUUCCAAAGGGGGAUAUUUCUCUUCCAGAGGUAAAGGUGGAGGUCAAAGAGUCAGAGGUGGAAAUUAAAGCUCCAGAAAAUCAAGUUGAAAUGAAACAUGGAAUUGAGCUUGAGGGACAAAGAAGUAAGUUCAAACUACCACAAUUUGGAAUCUCAUUGCCGAAUGUUAAAGGUCCUGAAAUUGGCUUAAGUGUCUCAACGACAGAUGUAGAUGUCGACUUACCAGAGAGAAGAGCAGACCAACUACCUGAUGUUGAAGUAGGAGUGCCCUCUGUUGAAGUUGAAAUACCAGAAGCAGUUUCUAAAGAUAUUGAUGUGAAAAUGAAAAAGCCCCGAAUGUCAUUCCCCACAUUUGGAUUUUCAAAACCAGAAGUGAAAGGACCUGAGGUUGAUGUCAGUCUUCCAAAGGUGGAUAUUUCUCUUCCAGAGGGAAAGGUGGAGGUCAAAGAGCCUGAGGUGGAAAUUGAAGCUCCAGAGAUUCAAGUUGAAAUUAAACAUGAUGUUGAACAUGAGGGACAAGGAAGUAUAUUCAAACUAUCAACGUUUGGAAUGUCAUUGCCAAAGGUAAAAGGUCCUGAGAUGGAUUUAAGUUUAUCAAAGAAAGUCAUAGAAGUCACCUUACCAGAGGCCAGCGUGGAGGUCCAACCACCUAGCGUUGAACUCAAAGUGCCUUCUGGUGAAAUUAAAAUGCCCGAUGGAGCUGCUACAGGAAUUGAUGUGAAAAUGAACAUACCACAGAUGUCAUUUGGAUGGUUUUCCAAACCAGAAGUGAAAUCACCUGAGGUUGAUGUCAGUCUUCCAAAGGUGAACAUUUCACUUCCAGAGGGAAAUGUGGAGGUCAAAGAGCCUGAGGUGGAAAUGAAAGCUCUGGAGAGUCAAGUUGAAAUGAAACAUGAAGGUUUAUCAGUUGAUGGAAAACUACAAACAUCAGAGAUGGCAUUCAAAAUGACAACAUUCAAAUUCCCUACAUUUGGUGCAACGUCAAAGGUUGUAGUCGAUGUCUCUGAUAAAGAGAAGGAUAUUAAUGUGCCUGGGGUAGAAAUUAUAGAUCAACUACUUGGAGCUUCAUUACAAAUUGAUUUACCGGAACACGGGGACACAGUUGACAUUAAAGGAUCUAGAGAAGUACAGUUACAUGAUGCUGGAUCUGAAAGGCACUCAGUUAAAGGUGGAAUGGCAAUAGCCGAAGUGGAUGUUCCUGAAGUUGAAGUUUCAAAACUGACAAUUGAUGAUAAAGGCAAUGGGUCCCCCAGCAAAGGUCAAGAAUCACCCAGUAAAGGUCAAGGCUCGCCUAGUAAAUUCAAACUUCCAAGCUUCAAAAUGCCCAGAUUGAGCAUUUCAAAAUCCAAACCUGAGAAUGAACAUGAUGAUAUAAAUCCAAAUGUUAUUUUGGAGAAUUAUGAGAUUCAAGUGAAACCACAAGAACCAGAGAAAUCCCCAAAGUUGACUUUGACAACAUUUGGGGAGGUAUUAAGAAGCAUUGAUGUUGAAUUUGAUGUUCCCAAAUUAGAGGAAGUGGAAGAGAAGCUCACAGGCUCAAGGGAAGAUAUAACAGCCUCAGGGAAAACCGAACUAAAUGCUCAAACCAGUGUUGAAACCCAGUCUAUGCAUAAAGAGGAAGAAGCCAAAGAAAAAUCUAAAUUUGGGUGGUUUAAGUUUCCCACAGUUGGACUAUCUUCUUCAGAAUCUACCAAGACUUUAGAAAAAUACACUUCUGAGAAAGAAGGAAGUGAGAAAAGCCCUGACUCUGUGGAACAGGACGUCAGCUUGACCUUUUCAGUACACUCAUCGGAUGCUUUUGCAGAUAUUAGUUCAACAGUCACAAGCGAACAAUUUGGUCCAUCAUUGGCCUCUCCAACCAAAGUCACAGUGAAAUACUCUGACUCUAUUGCCACUGAGGUACAGGGUGAUGUCAUCACCUCCACAGCAAGGACAAAAUUGAUCGCCUUUGAACCCUACUUGGCAGAGAAAGUCACCACUCCAAUGUCCUCCGGAGUUUCCUCCUCAUCAGUGGACACCCUAAAAUUGGAGUCUGGUACACAUGUCAGCACAUCCAAUAUACAAGCAAUACCAGACACACAGAAGGCCACGCUCUUAACAGAUUUUGGAUUGCAGACAGGGACCGCUGGAGUUUCUUCUGCAUCUUGGUCAGUGGACGACACCAACAAAACACAGAGUAAAGGGCAAACAGUUAUUGAGAGGCAUGUAGUUAUGGAAAUGUCAGGCACUGACAGGGAAACGGUUUUCAUAACCCAAAAAGUUACACAUGUGUUUGGGGCUGAGCCCAUCUCAGAUGAAACAGCCUCAUCUAUCAAACAGAUGAAAGACACUAUGCAGUCUGAGAAAAUGACAUUUUUUGAUGGGGCUGAAUUGGAGUGACUGGGAGGAAUACAGUAUGAUAAAUCCCUCCAUUGAGGAGUAAUAUCAGUCAGAUUAUUAUUGUGCUCUUAUUAAUUGUGCUUUAAUUUAUGACCAAGUUUUAAUAUAUACAGUUCAAUGUUUUGAGUGUUUACCGAGUACACUAUAUAAGUUCACAAAUUGGCAUACAAGCCCAUGAUACAGGUAGCGAUGUAAAAGCCAACUUUGUCACUUCAAUGUAAUUACUACCACUGAGAUCAGGUCAAUUCUACAGUAACAGAGUGACAGCAGCUAGGUUUCCAUCCAAUUGGCGACAGAUUUUCAUGCGAAUAUUCAAAAAUCUGCAUAAAGAAAAUAUGUAAUUUUCAAAAUACAUAAAUCAUCCCCGUAUGAUGCAAUCUGCAGCAUACAGGGAUGAUUUCUAUAUUUUGAAAGUUACAUAUUUUGACAAUUUGAUUGCUGAUAAGCAAAACAUUUUGGGACUAUGUCAACAAUGAUCUAAUGAAACAAAUACCAAAAGUUCGUUUCUGGGUGGAAUUUUUCUUUAAGUUUAUGCAUUAACUCAGAAUUAUUAAAGUUAGGCAUUAACUCCAAAUGGUUAAGGUAAAGGUUAAGGAUUGUGACAGACAUAAAACAAAAAUAUUUAAAAAACUUUCUUUCGCUGGAUUCGAAUACGCAGCCUUUGGCAGAUGCUUUACACAUCGUCUCCCAACUUCCUCAGACAUGAAUGGUCAUCCAAUACUGACAUCUAUCGGGUGACUUGCCUCUUCCAAAGUCAUGGUGGGUGGACCACACAAUAGCAUUCAGCCUGGUCUCAUAGACUAGACGAAACAUAGUAAACGCAAUUACAGCAUACAAAUUAGUUUGGUAUGGUUACAUAAGACAGAAGGUUACAUAAAGCAAAAACAAAUGUAAGGUGGCUGGUCGGGGUGGGUGUAUAACAGGAAAGUCUAGCAACCGAAAGGUUGUCUGCUUGAAUCUUAUCAUGGACAACGUUUGCAUUUUAGCUAAUUAUCAACUUUGUAACUACUUGCUACUUUGCUACUACUUAGCAUGUUAACUAACCCUUCCCUAACCUUAACCUUAACCCUUUAACCUAACUCCUAACCAUAACCCUUAAUCCGUAACCCCUAGUCUAGCUAACAUUAGCCACCUAGCAAACAUUAGCGCUAACCACCUAGCCACCUAGUUAACAUUAGCCACAACAAAUUGGAAUUCUUCACAUAUCAUACCUUUUGCAAAUUCGUAACAUAUUGUAUGAUGUGUAUCAGAUAUACAUUUACUAUGUUAGGUAUACCCCUGAGUUCAGGUUGCAGCAUCAUGUGACUCCAAUUGACUUCAAUAUGAUGGUUUUUAUAUACAGUAAAUAUUUGCACAUAAAAGCGUUUCCAUCACCAUUUCUCGCAUAAUUAAUUUUACCGACACAAAAAGAUCCCACCUUGUCUAGCUUAUUUAGUUUUGUCAAAAAAAAUAAGUUUACUGACAAAUUUGCUAUUUCCAUCAGGCCUGUUGUGAAUUUUUUUUAUCUGACAUAGGCUACUUUCUUCGCAUAAAAUCAGAACAUUUUACAAAAAUAAAUUUACUUGAAGAACAGUGCAAAUGCAAAGUUUUAUAACAGAAUGAGAGUUUCUGCCUCAUUCUGUUACCAGCAUUUUUGGUGGUUGUUUCCUGGUUUGCAGAAAUUGUAAUAGUUUGCCUAAUUUCAGUUUGUGACAAAACAAGCAUGUACAGUGUAGAGAAUCAUUGUACCAUCUAAACCGCUGUGAAAUAUAUUUCCAUAACUAAAAAUAGAGCAUUUUCAGCUGUUUGAAGCUGGUGUACAAAACUGGAAGUAUAAGACGCAAAAACGAAAAGUAAGAACUGGAAGCAUAGAAAUAGCGCACAUAGAACAGAUCUACCACUUCUUGCUUUCAAAGAAAAGGACAGAUCUAUAACUCACAUUUAGAUGUGAAUUUGGUCCCGUUGCCCAAACAGUUACGUAAUGCAGCUUUAAAAGUAGUCGUUGUGCAUAGAGUUGUAUAGUUUGUUUAACUUUGCAAUCAUUGAUUUUGGUUUGACAUACAUUUUAAAGUAAAAUAUCUGAGUCUCAGUGUCACUCUGUUACCAUGGAAUUGCACACCACUGAGACCAUUGCUGUUUUUAGACAUCUCUGCAAAUUGUUUUGCUGUACAUAUAAUGAAGAGGAACUUGUUAAUCCACUGCCAUAUGCAUUUAUGAAUGACCUCUGAUGUCUGCUCUUUAUUCGACUUCUGGGCAGCCAUAUAUAGAUAUAAGGUAUAAAUGAUUAUGAGUCUGAAAAAAUGAAUACGUAAUGAUAUACAUACAAACCAUGCAACAUUAAUAGAACAACAACAGAACACAUUUAAGGAACUAUUAAAAUCUGUACACUUAAUACCAUGUAAUACAUUAUGCUAAAAUUGAAUGCUUGUAAUCACAGUAAAAAGGAGAAAAUAUAUAUUGAUGCAACUAUAUUUUGAUUAUAAUGAUGCCUAGAUUUGAUUUGCAAAGUAUUUUUUGUGCAAAGUAGAAACAUUUUAAAGCCUAUGUAAAUAGUUGAUUUAUUCAUUUAUAUUGUAGAGGUUGUAUUUGUUACUCAUAAGGUACUGUAUUAGGAAAGGAGAGGGGAUUCUAAGGCAAACUGUCCUGGCUGUCACUUACUUUGAUUGUUGCUCUUAUUCUGCACUGAUGUAGUCAAUGUACUUGCAAAACUAUACAUAAUAAAUCUUCUAAAAUAUUAAGAA